AUGACCUUGCCAAAGAGCACUCAAAAAAUAACUGACAAGUUGAACCAAAAAAUGAACAUCUCGAACACGUCGGAGCUAUGGCUUGGUAAACGUAAAUUACACGCUUCUUCAUUUGAAUUUACAGAAAACUCGGAUUCCAAUCCAACUUCUAUAAUCUCAAAACAUGCUUCUUCACAUGGGUUGGUCUCAGCAAUUAUUCAUUCUUAUACUCUUCACCAACAUCUUCGAUUAUCACCAGAUGAUGUAUGGUUAACAAUUGCACAAUGUAUUAGUAGGCACAUUUGGAAUAAUGCUGAACGUUUUCGUUACUUAUUUGUUAGCCAUGAAGGUCAUGAAGAUGUCUUUGUGGAUGCUCGAGAUAUUAUAGGAUAUGUUAACCAAAACUUUAUAGGCGAUUGGUCACAAGCGAUUUCUCGGCUUUCUAAGACUAUUGAUAAACGAGUUAAAAAAGUUGGUUUAAAACAGCAUCUCGAAUGUGAUUUUUCUAUCUCAACAAUUUCAUGGUUAGAACCAGUCAUCACUCAAUUUGUCGCCAUCUAUAAAGGAGAUGUUGACGAAAUCUUUUGGAGCAUGGUUAUUUUCAAUACUCCUUAUUCUAGUGGCAUACCGACUCCUUGUUGGGAUGGAUGGAUAGGUGCUUUGUUUCCUUACGGCAAGUCAGAAGGGAAAAUUAUGAAUAAUACAAUUAUUCCUGAUGAAGUACCUUCUGGAUUAGUACAUGUUCCUUUCAAUUUGGGUAUCUUGGCAGAGAGUUUUAAAUUAAAAUUUGCUGCAGGUUUUUUCGGUGCUAGGCAAGUUAAGGUUAACGAUGAAUAUGUUAUUUCACCUGUUAUUGGUUGGUAUAUUCUUAAAAUUUAA